UUUUUUUUUUUUACCUUAUCAUUUCCUUAUAAAAACUACGCAUGAGUAAAAUACUUCAUUACACUUUUGAUGCCAUUCUGAUCUCUGCGGUAUUAGCCGGUAUCAAGCGAUCUACGGGAUUACAACCUGCGACCUCAAAAAUCGAAAGUACAACUAUUCGUUCAUACGUGGAUAAAUACCUUGGUUUCGGCGAAUGGAUAUUCGACAUGAGUGUUGUCUAUUUUAACCACUCAUCUUAUUUCGUGAAUGACAGAAGAGACUUGAAAUAGCUUGUUCUCUUUUAUAUACAUAUGUAUAUAUAUAUUUUACCCUCCUCAAUAAAACACCAACCAAGUUACCCUUUUUCGUUUUUUUACUUCCAGUUGGGAUGCACUGCAAAAAAAAUAAAAAAUCUCGGGCACAUGAUGGAAUCAUACUGGUGUG